AUGGCUGCUUUCCCUCCUCCGCCUGUCAACACGAUUGACUGGUCCAACGUGGGCUUCAAGGUCCGCGAGGUCAACGGUCACAUCGAGUCCACCUACUCGAGAGAGACAGGCAAAUGGACACCCCUCCGCUUCGUCGCCGACCCCUUCAUGCGCAUCCAUGGCAUGGCUCCUGCGCUCAACUACGGACAGCAGGCCUACGAGGGUCUCAAGGCCUUCCGAACUCCCGGCGAUGAGGGCAUCACCGUCUUCCGCCCUGACCGCAACGCCGUUCGUCUUCAGCACUCGGCCGAUGUCGUCUCCAUGCCCCAUGUCCCCGUCGACAUGUUCCUCGAGGCUGUCCGCGCCGCCGUCGCCCUCAACGCCGAGUUUGUGCCUCCCCACGACACGGGCGCUGCCCUCUACAUCCGACCCCAGCUCUACGGCUCCAGCGCCCAGCUUGGCCUGUCGGCUCCCGAGGAGUACACCUUUGCCGUCUUUGUCAUCCCCACCGGAGUCUACCACGGUGCUCACCCCGUCAAGGCUCUGAUCCUUGAGGAGUUUGACCGCGCUGCCCCCAACGGCACUGGAAACGCCAAGGUCGGAGGCAACUAUGCGCCCGUGCUGCGCUGGAGCGACAAGGCCCGCGAGGAGGGCUUCGGCAUCACGCUGCACCUGGACAGCGUCAAGCACGAGGAGAUUGACGAGUUCAGCACCAGCGGCUUCAUCGGUGCCCAGGUCAACGGCGACGACGUCACCCUGGUCGUCCCCGACUCCCACUGUGUCAUCGACAGUGUCACGAGCGACAGCAUCCAGGAGCUCGGCCGCAGCUACGGCUGGAAGGUCGAGAAGCGACCCAUCAAGUACGGCGAGCUCAGCUCCUUCAGCGAGGUCUUUGCCGCUGGCACCGCCGCCGCCCUCGUUCCCAUCCGGUCCAUCACCCGACGCAGGGACGGCAAGUCCGAGACUCUGACUUAUAUCCCCGACGGCCAGGAGGAGCCCGGCCCUCUGUUUGAAAAGCUGCUGAAGCACCUCAAGGAUAUCCAGCUGGCCAAGGCCGAGGACAAGUUCAACUGGCGCUUCCCCGUCAGCGCGGCCGACAAGGAGGUUGCUGGUGCUGCUAACGGAGGACGCAACGGGGAUGCCACGACGGUGGACCAGAUGGACUAG